AUGUCUUCGAUCGACCACAAUAGUGGUGCAUCGGCGUCGUCAGAUCAGGAAGGGGGAGUCCUUGAAUUUUACAGUCACUUGGACAUCGACUACCUACCACCCGACUUCUCAACCAUGCCCCAAGUAGCCACACCGCAAUAUCGGUCCGUCGGCGCGUCACUCAUAGCUCGUCAGCAGCAACAAGAAGGCUCAACUGGAGGAUCUGUAGGUCGCGAACUUCACGACAGCUAUACGCCGGUCCACUAUCCCUAUCCCCCUCCCUUCUACGAGCCACAGACAGCACCACUGGCGCCAGACUUCAGCCAUUGA